AUGCAAGUGCUGGCUGUGGAUGAUGGCGGGCUCUGCGCACUAUCGCCGAAUCAGAGUCUCUAUGCUGUUGUGACGAAGGGUCUGACGGUGGUGUUUAUGGAUUACAUCCGGCGCACAAGCGAGUUGAUGAGCUCCGAUCCGCUUGCCGGUGAAAAUGGUGAUGGUCCUUCCCCCAGCAACAUCUACAACGACGGAUCACCGAGAGCGCCCGAUCGUUGCGUUGACGCAGUCAUCUCCAAGCAUAUCGCUCUUGACGAGAUACACGAGCUGCAGUGGUCGCCCGAUAGCUCUCUGGUGGCACUCCUAUUAGCACGGCGUCGGGUUGUGGAGAUUGUGAGUGUCUACGGCAAGUGCUGUGUGGCCCGCAUUGAUGCCGGCAUUGCGGGUCUGCGUGCGGUGCGGUGGCACCCUUCGUCGCGUGUCGUUUACUGGGUGGGGUUGUUGCAGGCCCACGUGCUCUCUCUCGUGGACAGCCAAGUGAUGCGCCUUGCCGGUGGUGUGAAGUACUCCGCCCAACUCGCAGCGCGGCGGUUGACGGCGAGUCCCGCCCCACGCCGCGAUACGUCUAGCUGCGCCGCCACGGCGGUGGUGGAACUUCCGGUAAGCGAGGCGGCGCUGCUGCGCUUUUCCACCUGCCGCCGUUUCCUGUUGUACGUGACGCCCAAGUCCCUGCGCUCGCCGCUGUUGUCCAAAAGCGACGGGCAGACAAUCGCAACGCGCGCGACGAGUAGUGAAAUGGCGCCGCCAUCUUCACCCCCUGCUUCUGCUAGUGGUGAGGGUGAAACGAGCAACCGCCCGAGGCGCAGCGAGUGGUUAGUUGUGGCGUCGGCCACCACGCAUGAGGAGCUGCACGCCUUUCCUACGGGGCAGCUUGUGUCGUGUGUGUCGGAGUGCAUCCCAUUACAGGGCGGCAUCGCACUGGUUGACUACGUGCACGGAUCGCUGGCGCUGACAACGCAUAACGGCGCACGCGUGCUGCAUCAGGAAGCGUCGGGUGUGCAGAACGUUGUGUCUUCGAAAAACGGCGCCAUACUCCUUAUUGUGUUUGCUGACGCCUGUCGUGCUGUUCUUGUGUCCAAGAAGCGUGUCAUGGCGCUGCGGCAGAUCUCAUUUCACGCGGAUGUGCUUCUGUCUCUGCGGCUUCGCGAGCUUCCAGUGUUGGAGGAGCCGAUGUCGGCGGAAGACGCCUCCAUGAAACUUGCACGGGGUGGCGCACCGUACCGGCGAUGUGUUGGUGCUCUCGGGCAAUUGAAUAAUGGUGCGGACUGGUCACAGGGAGAGACACGAGGAGCGCCAUUAGCAGGGCAUGCGGCGAUCAGUGCAUCUGGCCAGAUGGCUGCGGUCACGCUGGGGCUCUGGCCGUCUUGUGUGCUGGUGCUGGAUAUUUUGCGGCAGCGCGUGAUGGCGGUGCUGCGGCACUGUGAAACUGUCAUGGGGCUUUUCUGGAGUCCUUCCCCCUGCUCGGAGUACUGGGGAUUCCAGCAACGCCACUACAUACAGCAAAAAAGAGUGUAUGAUCGUGGAGCUGGCCAUGCCACACCCGAAGCAGCAGCAGCAGCAACCGCAACUACAGCAGCAACUGCAGAGGAGGCGCCCCUGGGGCUGAAAGAGCCUCUGCUUGUUACAUCGGACAAUCACGACGCCAAGGUUUUCCUGUGGCUGGCCAACUGCGCCACAUGCUAUGUUGCCCCACGCCUGAGUGACGGCAGCAUGGAUAUUACCAAUAGAAGAAAGCAGCGCAGUGGCACGCCUUGCCACAGCGGCGAGUUGCCGAAAGUGCGGUUGAACCGCGGCAUGCUCGGCGGCAACGCCGCGGACGCGGUACUGGUGGAUGACGUGCGUGGGAUUGCCAUCACGGUCGCAUUCCGCAAUGAAGAAGGUGAAGUGAAUAGAAAAUGA